AUGAUGGGCAAGAUAUAUGCACACGCCUCGGGCGUCAGCAUAUGGUUCGGUAACGAAGACCGAGAACCACCAGACUUUGUUCAGACAAAAGACCUUAGAAGUGUUGGCCAUAUCGGUGCAUACGGCCGGAUCCCCAUCUCGCUCUCUUUCAUCGCGCAGGCCCUGCGAAACGCUAGAGGACCAAAACACAGAUUAGCAACACUCAGACCCGUUGGAGAUUCAGUUCAUCGGAAUACGGUGUACGGUUUUCCGAACUCUGAUGCGCCAGAGUGGGAUACGAUACGCCAGUUCUUCACCAAUGCUUGGUUUGAAAGAGUUUGGGUAGUGCAAGAGGCAGUACUUGCGAGCAAAGCAACAGUGCUAAUUGGCGACUGGGAAAUCGAAUGGGCAGCUAUCGGCGAAGCAGCGGUUUGGUUCCAGUCUGAAGGGCAAGCCACAAACCCCAAAGACAAAGUGUAUGCGACGUUUGGCAUUGCCGAAGAAUUAGCAUACAUGGAAGAGAAUGGCCUUCAUCAACUGCUAGAGCCGGAUUAUAGAGAGACCAAAACCGUUGCUGAGGUCUAUCGUGACAUCGCCAUAUUUCUUAUCAUCGAGUACGGACAUCUUGGUGUACUUUCUCACGUGGGAAAGUCGCUGGAACCAGACUGGCCUUCAUGGGUUCCUGACUGGCGCCAGGACAAAGCCUCAAACAUACUUUCAAUAAUGCAGGGUGCCGACACACACAAUGCAAGCAGAGAUCAGUCACUCCAGGUUGGCAUCAGCGAAAAUCCUUAUACAAUAUCACUGCAAGGAGUUGAGGCGGAUGUAAUCACAGCCUACGGCGACAAACUUGCUAGCUACGGCUUUGGGUACGUGACGUACAAGGAGGAAAUCGAAUUCGCGAGAGCGGCAUGGGAUCUUUCGCAGUCUAUUCACACAUCGGACUCAAAUAUGAAUGGGAGCAUCUCAAGCACUUUCAUCCAGACGCUGGUCACCGGCUUCAGCACGGAACCCAGCUUCCAAGAAGACGCUCUGCAAUGGUUCGCACAGCAUGCGCAAUUGUCUCUCAAUACGUCACGGACUCGUCGCCUGAAAUAUUUGAUGAAAAAGCGUUCGGAUCCAGGACGAUUCCAUGAGAUCUUUGUGCAGGCUUGCGUCGACAGGCGGUUCUUCGUGACUAAGAAUGGGCUGAUGGGCGUUGGACCCGAUGGCAUGAAGGAGGGCGAUGCAAUCGGGAUAUUAUUUGGUGGUAGGGUACCCUACGUUCUUCGGCCUGUAGAUAAUGGUUUCAGAUUUGUUGGAGAGUGUUAUGUGUCAGGCUUGAUGAACGGCGAAGCAGUUCAGACUUGGAAAGAUGAAGGAAGCAAGAAACACGUCUUCGAGCUAGUCCAGGCGUGA